AUGGGCACUAAAAGCCUUGCAAAGCAAAUCAUGCAAGAUGCAAAGGUACCAGUUGUUCAAGGUUUUCAUGGAUCUGACCAGUCGGAUGACAACUUGAGGGCACAUGCGGAGAAAAUAGGUUAUCCUGUAAUGCUCAAGGCUGUUUACGGCGGAGGUGGCAAGGGUAUGAGGAUAGCUUGGUCUCCGUCGGAGUUCAAUGAGAAGCUCGCUUCUGCUAGAAGCGAGGCCAUGAAAUCUUUCGGAAAUGAUGAGAUGCUUGUUGAAAAGUUUGUGGAGAGGCCUCGUCACGUCGAAGUGCAAGUGUUUGGUGACCAUCAUAAUAACUACGUUCAUCUAUGGGAGCGCGAUUGUUCUGUUCAAAGAAGGCAUCAGAAAAUUAUCGAAGAGGCUCCGGCUCCUCUCAUUAGUAAGUUGCACAUUCACUUUUUCAGGUAAAA